AUGUCCAGUCAAUGCACAAAUAGACGCGCGGGAGGGCCGAUCAUCCCUGAUGGCGCAUCCUCUCGCCUAGCGUCGUCGCGUCGUCGUCAUCCCUCGCGAGCUGAGCCCGCUCCCGUGUGCGUGGCCGUCCCUCUGCGCGCCUGCCCUGCACACCUGCCUUCCGAGCCUGCCUGCCUCCUCUCUGACAUCUGCGACACGCGAUCGCUCCCUCGCAUCCAAGGCGACGCCUGCUGCACGCAAUGGCGCACGCGCGUGCAUCCUACCAGCGUCGACAAUACGACGUCCGGAACCCAGCCUCAGCGUGCCUCGGCGCGCAUCAGCGCACACAGACUUGGGCACAACCACGAGCGCGCCGCUGGACAGGGCAGCAUCAGACGCAAGACACAGUCUCCGCGCAGACUCGGGCAGAUGAUCGACCCGCUCAACACACGCACCGCGAGCGCGCCUCCGGAGAAGACACCAGAUGUCGAGGCUGCAGACAACGGCAAACGCCUCGUGCAGCGUCAGCCAUCGCUGAAUGGAUCCCGGCCCUGCCACCCUCUUGACGAUGCACGCGCUCUAACAAUCAAAUCCCUCACGUACGUCGUCCAGCCCACUCUCAUUGACUUCCCGGUCACUAUCUACUCACAAAUAUACGCCCACGUCCCGCACGCUCACAGCUCGACGACCACACAUCUAGACAUUUGCCCGCAACCGAGGCUGCGCUCAACCGCCGCCGCCGAUAUUCCAAACAGCUCGCUACGCCCUCCGCACGCCACACGCCAGCCGGGAACCGAGAUGACAGCCCUCGCCUGCAUCAAACCGCUGCCGGUGCUUCAGGGCAACAACGAUGGCGCAAAUCGUCGGCCGUGGACGAUGAUUCCCACAACGCCGGCGCCGUCAGACUUCCCCGGACGCACAACAUCAAUACGACAGUGA